AUGGACAAAUUUAAUGGCAACCAGUUCAGCAACCUAUGGGCAUCAAAUCUGUACUACCCCUUCAACUCCCACAAUGAAUGGGAGCUGGCAUCAUGGUUACUUCAUUCAGGCCUGAGCAUGAGAGCUAUAGACUCUUUCUUGUCACUGUCAAUUAUACAGCUACUAAAUAUUUCCUUUUGUACAGCCAGAGCACUUCAUGGGCUGGCUGAGUUACUCCCUGGUGGGCCAUGCUGGCACUCAAUGGAGAUUACUCCUUCACAGCCAACCAAACACCCUGUGCACUUGUACUGGCAUGAUCCCCUGGAAUGCAUUGCAUGGCUCCUCAACCACCCUUUGUUCUCUGACCAGCUCAAUUUCAUUCCAAGGUGUGUAUACAAAAUGCCCAAGAAGCUUUGUAGGGUGUAUACAGAGUGGAUGACCACUGAUGAUGCUUGGCAUAUGCAGUCACAGCUUCCAAGUGGAGUGACUCUUCUUGGCAUGAUACUUUCUUCAGACAAGAUGAAUAUUACUACUUUAUGUGGUGGCAGAGUUGCUCAUCCACUUCUUGUCAGCCUAGCAAAUAUCAAGAUGUCCACAUGCCUAAAAUUAUCAUCCAACUCAUUUAUGCUUGCCACUCUCCUCCCUGUCCCCAAGUUCAUGCACAAGAACAAGCAUAUGCAUGGCCUCCUUGAAGAUAGGCUCAUUCAUGAAUGCCUGGAUAUCAUACUUGAACCCAUCAAGCAAGCUGCCAAACUUGGCAUUAUGUUACUGGAUUCUCUGGGGCACAUGCAGUACUCAGGGAAAUUGAAGGUCCACCCUACAAACAUCCAAGUCUUCUUUCACGAAGCACAGCACUUUUGCCUCAGUGGAGUUAGUGACCCAUUUUGGAGGGACAUUCCACUUUCUUGUCCAAGCACUUUUAUAACUCCAGAGCCCCUUCACCACCUGCACAAGGAAUUUUGGGACCACAACAUGAAGUGGUGCAUAAAUGUGGUUGGUGAAGCCAAAAUAGACUUCUGCUUCUCAGUUUUACAGCCUACUGUGGGGUUCCAUCACUUUAAAGGUGGUGUUGCUAAGCUGAAGCAGGUGACUGGAUGCAUGCACUGUGAUGUCCAACAUUACAUCUUUGGUGUCAUCACUGGAGCAGCCCCUCCCAAAAUUAUUACUGCUAUUCAUGUGCUCAUGGACUUCCGAUACCAAGUCCAAGCUUACCACAUUGAUGAUGACAAUCUUCAUAUAAUAUCUUCUGUACUGGAUGAGUUUCACAUGCACAAGCAGUCAAUACUCAAUCAUGGUGCACAAUGCAGUAAGGGAAACAAGCCCAUCAACAAUUGGCACAUCCCCAAGUUAGAACUCAUGCAGAGCAUCAUACCAAGUGUGAAGCAUGUUGGGGUCACCAUCCAAUGGACUGCCGAUGUAACUGAACAUGCCCAUGUAUCGGAGAUCAAGACACCUGCAUCAGCUAGCAAUAACAAUAACUAUGAUCCUCAAAUUUGCCAGUACCUCAAUUGCGCUGAAAAAUGUAGGAUGUUUGAACUCACAACAUCAUUAUAUGAAUCAAAGAUUCACUCCCAUGAGAUCAGUGAUUACGAGGAGGUGAAUCUAGUUUCCAAGAUGCCAGGUCCCACACAGCCCAUCACCGAUUACUUCACCAUCUCUGCAUGCCUCAGGACCCAGGAUCCAGACUCCAUUCCCUUCCCCUUGCAUAGUUUUAUUGCAGAUGGUAUGGCGAUCAACCUUUCCUAUGACCCAUCCUUGCAAUGCAUUAGUGUUGAUGCCACCCUUGUCGAUUUUCUAAAUUGUGAGAAGGUGUAUGGACCAAGCUCUGUGCACACUAUAAGCAGGCAAUGUCAGGGAUCAAGCUCUUCAACCCUGCCUUUUACUGAUCUGCAGGUUUGGUACAAGAUGUGGCUGCAGAACACAGUGAUACAUGAUAUCAUGGACAUCCUCCCUGCCCAGACUCUCUUCUGUUCUCCACCUUGUGAGACCUGGACCCUUGGCUGCUAUGAUGCAGCUAUCAUCAAUGUGGACCCCUGUUUCAAAUGGCCAGAGAGCGGCCUGAAAGGUUCAUGGUCCACACUACUUUUCCAUGUCACUCACAAGAGUAUCUUAGGUCAUGUUGUUGGCCAGCUCCAUCUCCUGAUGCGCCCUUUUGGCAAGAGGGGGGUAAGAUGGUCAUGGACAGACCAUUGUUUGGUCUACAUGCAAUAUGCGACACACCUACAUAUCCUUAGGUGCACAAAGAGAGUGAAUGGCCAAUGUCUUGGCAAUGUCAUCCCACUCAGUCAGGUCCAGGUGCAAACUGCAGAUAAUUGA